AUGUCUACUUUGAAGCAAGGAGAAGUCACCCUAACCGACUCCGAACUCGCCCUAUACAAUGGCGCUGAUCCCUCGAAACCAAUCUACCUCGCGCUAAACGGCACAAUCUACGACGUGUCCAUCUCGCCAACUACCUAUGGUCCAGGCGGCUCCUACCACUUCUUCGCAGGCAAAGACGCCGCGCGCGCCUUCCUAACGGGUUGUUUUGCGGAAGACAGCGUCCCGGAUCUACGCGGCGUAGAGCAAAUGUUCAUACCAGUUGACCCCGAGGAGAAAGCCGGUCUAACACCACAAGAACGAGAGAUGGAGAUGGAAAAAGCGAGGAAGAGAAAGCCAUUGACCAAGGGUGAGCUGAAGAACAGACAUGCGCAGGAGCUCAAGAGUGCGAGGAAACAGAUGGUCGCUGGCUUGGAGGGCUGGCACAUGUUGUUCCGUGGCGACAAGGGGAAACCGUAUAGGCGUGUGGGCUAUGUGAAGAGGGAACCGGGUUGGGUGGAUAAGAUGCCCAAGAGGGGAUUGUGUGAGCAGGCAGAGAAGGGCAGGCCUGUCAGGAAGUAUGAUUAA